UCUCCUCCAAUUUCCCGAUCUGACAAUUUUCAUUUACUUAAUUUUCCAUUUAGUCCUUUCGUCCAUUAUCUUCACAUCUCCAUAGUUCAUAGUUGUUUGUUCUCUGUAUUUCCUGCAUUUUUUUGGCCGCAACAAAGCUAGAUUUGAGCAAAUAUCUCAAACCUCGACCCCAUCAUUCACUACACAAACUCCUGCUACACGAUCUGAAUAAAAAUCCUUAACAUCAUUGCAACAUGCAAUCUCCUCUCAACUCCACUCUACUGACUUCAUCUACUAAUUGUCUCUGUUUUGUCUUGUUCAGACAAAUAUUUGGGAGAGAUAUAGAACCUGGAAAAAUGAUAGGUGCUCUCACCUCUCUCCUCGCCAUCUGGAUGACUGCUAUCCUACAACUCAGUAGAACGGCCGGCGACAUCAUUCUCUACUACUUUGUGGCGAUCUUCACAUCCACCCUUGCCAAUCAUGAGAAGCAGGGGCUAUGGUGGGCCAUUCUCCACACGACAUCGGUGGAUACCUCGGUGGCGCUACUUGAAUGACGACGGCCGAGGGAAGCCGUCCUAGUCGAGCCUAGAAAGCGAAAAAGAAAACAAAACCCAGCUCGUACUCCCGUCCAUGAAUCCACUCAACCCAAGCGAGUGCGUCAAUCAUGACUUUUAGUGUGGCGGUUCUACUUACCGUCGUCGGAGGAGGCAGAUCGGGAGGCACAAGAUGAUCAUAAUGCAGUGAAUCAUCAUCAAGAGCGGAUAGCUCCAACCAGGGCCCUGGUUCCAUGUUCUGAUACCCCUAGUUUUGAGUUUAGAUCCCGAAAUGGGGCGAGCUCGAAUUCAGAUCCCGCAAUGGGACGAGUUCGAUACAAGUGGGUGGUGGUACUCAGGCGGUUAAAAGUUUCCGACGCAGACCGUCGCCGGAGUUGUGGAAUUCCACUUUUCCCCGGCCGAUCCUUAGCCCGAGACGUUCUCUGCUAGGAAAGGUUGCUGGCACGCGAACGGUCAGUGAGAUCACGCCAUUUUCGGGGACGUAUAACGGCCGGGGGAUUUCUGUGAUCAGCCAUAUCUCUACGUGACUCGACUCUACUGUCACUCCAGGAAUUGGCCAAGUGAAACCACUUCCUAAAGCGUAGUAUAGCGGGUUUGGGUUUAAUUAUCAACCCGGGUCCUAGAUCUGAUGACUACUCAGUGAAUUCUUGUUAUCUAGCAAUGAAACUCGAAUGCAAGUCUAACUAACAAACAAACAAAGCAAGUAAACUGGUUGUAUUCAAGUUAAGAGAGGUCACCCGGAUAUGGUUCCCCCUAGACUGCAGUUAAGCCGGAUUGUAAUUACCAAGUUUAGUUUCUAUGACAGUUAUACUGCGGAAGGUUCUUAAACAGCCUGAAGUCUCGACUAAAGGUCUUCAGACCCUCUCAAUCUGACUCUCUAGCGGGCGACUAACCUCCACCGGAGUCGACAGAUUGAGGCCCUAAGAACAAAACCUCCACUACCGGAGUAAAUCCGGUACAGAAUAGUGAGUUGGCUCCUCGACUAAAGUCACCAACUCCCUACCUUCAAUCAAGGAUACUCUAUUAACCUAGGCAGAUAUUCUCAUUCUAGGUCAAAGCAGAAACAACAGGAAUUUGAUCAGGAUUCAAGUCAUUCAAUCAUUAAAACCUCAAUCGAAUAUAAUCAAUCACAGAAUCAGUACUUGGGUUCAUACAAUCAAAGCCUAACAUACAAAUCUAGGGUUCUCCAUACCCAGAUGAAUGGGAGAACUACUCCAUGGAGAAGAAAGCAAAAGUAGAAUCAGACACGGAAUUCGUACUGCGAAGGAUGGAUUCCUGCUUCUGGACGUUGAUUGGCACUUCUCCAAGCUCAAACUGGCCUCCAAUGGUGUUGAAGAUCAAUCUAGGGCACUUGGGAACUCUUGCUCGUCACUUUCUCUCUCUAGAAGUCGUUCUUUCUCUCAAAAACUCGAAUCCCCUCGAGUUGUGGCUGAAAAUCUGCUUAAAAGCAUCAGUGGCCAAAGCACGGUCGAGGGCACGGCCGUGCUUUCCCUGAUUCCGCCCGUGUCUCGGCCAGGGCUUAAUUACACGGCCAGCAAGUGGGUUAAACACGGCCGUGCUUUGCAAUGUACACGGCCGUGCUUUGGUGGAACACGGCCGUGCUUCGGUGCCCGUGUUUGCAGCUGAAUUGGCCAAACUGAAUUUGCUCUCGGCAUAAAAAGCACGGCCAGCAGUACACGGCCGUGUAAUGCCUUGGGUCUACCCGUGUUUUGGCUCCAGCUCACCGAAAUGACUUCCGAAUGCCCCGAAACUCGUGGUUAGCCUUCCCUUUAACGCCUGGGACCUGAAACAUGACAAAAUAGCACAACCCGGUGUAAAAUAGGCCAAAACACACGACUAUACUCCUCAAACGGAUAAGAACUAGGGGCGCAAACAUGUGCAUUUACAUCGUUAUCUAAUUCCCCCACACUUAACCGUUUGCUUGUCCUCAAGCAAACCAAGUCAGACACAAGGUAAGCUCAAAACAACAAGGCAUGACAUAUCGGCACAAAACACGUGGAUCAUACUGGCUUUCGAUCAUUAACACAUGGACAACCUCACUGACAACCUAGACAACCACCACAGAUGACAUUCGAAUGCAGUAAAAUCGAGCAAAGGAAGAGUUUCCCUUCUGUUCACCAACCAACAUAGACUUAACUCAACCACUUGUUCAAAACAGUCACAUCAUGCACAAACUUCAAGGUAUCAGAAGUAAGACCGAGCAAUCAAGGUUCUCACCGGGAUAAAGAGUAUAAAGAAUA